AUGUGUGCUGCGAGGCAGAUGCUGCUGCUGCUGCUGGCUUUCCUGGCCUAUGCACUGGAUUCAGCUGCUGCGUACGGCACGGCGGAGACCCUCUGCGGUGGAGAGCUGGUGGACACGCUGCAGUUCGUCUGCGGGGACAGGGGCUUCUACUUCAGCAGACCGGUGGGACGAAAUAACCGUCGGAUCAACCGGGGGAUCGUGGAGGAGUGCUGCUUUCGAAGCUGCGACCUGGCUCUGCUGGAAACGUACUGCGCCAAGUCCGUCAAGUCAGAGCGUGACCUCUCUGCCACCUCCCUGGUGGGCCUGCCAGCACUCGGCAAGGAGAGCUUCCAGAAGCCCUCGCAUGCCAAGUACUCCAAGUACGAUGUGUGGCAGAAGAAGAGCUCCCAGCGGCUGCAGCGGGAGGUGCCCAGCAUCGUGCGGGCUCGCCAGUACCGGUGGCAGGCGGAGGGGCUGCAAGCAGCCGAGGAG